GGGUGGUAUAAAUGAAUUAUCAAUAAUUUUUACUUCUUGCAAAAAGGAUUGAUUGCCUGUUUUAAAAAGUUGAUAAACAAAUUUUUCACUUUCGACAUAUUACGAAAACGCACUGACUAUAUUUUCUAAAAAACUUUGAAAGAAUCAAGUCAGUAAGGUUCUAUUACAUCAGGUCUUAACUGCCAAAAUAUGUUGAGACUAAAUGAAUACAACGUUACACUGGAACAGAUGUCCGAAGAUUUGAUAUUGCAAGCACUUAAAGGUCAAACUCGUCUUAUAUUUGUUGUAAUGACAAUGCUUCUUAUUGGUCUCAUCAUGUACUAUAUUGACUACAAUAAUUGUGAUAAUGAAACGGAUGAUGGAGAGCCAGAGCAGCAAGAAGUAACUAUAAAUAUCUACGCAUCCGAAGCAAAUUUGCAAAGCGUUGUAGUGAAGGCUGAUGGUGUUACAAAAAAAAUCAAUGGUUUUGCUAUUCCUGCCAAUAUAAAAAAUGACUCAACCAAGUUCGCUAGUGUUGGCACUCAGAAAAGCAUAAUUACAGCUCAGCUCGACCCAGAAAUAGUUUCUCAAUAUGGUGAAAACUACACAACUUUAGAUGCUUGCAAGUCUGCCCAAGAAAGUUGUUUCUUAAACCCUGUUGACAGUAAAACCCUAAUUAUGAAGCACUUAAGCAAGUCAAGUGAAACAAAUCCAAUUAAACCUGAUAUUUUAAAUAUGAUUGAUUAGAGAAGGAACGAGAACUGUUGUCACCAAAUAUGUUAAUGAAUUUAUUUAUGCAAUUUUAAUUAUAUAAAAAGUUUAUUCUUUAACAACAACAAAAAAGAAAACAUUACACUCACUUACAUAUUACACAUUCAUACAAAAACAUGACAAUAGA